CAAAAACAAAAACAAAAACAAAAAAACAAAUCCUAAUCCCCUCUACCCAAAGCCAAAAACAUUUUCUAUUUAACAUCCACAAACCCAUUCAAACUCUGAACUCAACAACAACACCACCACCACCAACACCUCCAAACUGAAAACACAAAAACGAAGAACAGAAAACAGAAAACACUUUCUAUUUUGUUUUGUAUGUGAAAGUAAAACCCUUUAACUUGUUUUUUGUUUAAUACUUAUGAAGAUGCAGCAGCCUUGUAGUGGAGAAAUGCAAGGAAUGAAUUCACAGUUCGAUCAUCAACAGAUCCAGCAUCAUCAAAACGCAGCGUUUGAUCCUCCGUCUCAAGAUGAUUUUCUUGAACAAAUGUUAUCGUCUAUUAAUCCUUCGUGUUCAUGGAGCUCCGAGCUGAAAUCUCCCUGGGUUGACCUUAACCCUUCUCCUUCUGCGAAACAUAACAUUAACUCCAACUCCGCGUCCGACGAAACUGCGCCGUCUAGUCACGAAAAUGUUGGCUUCCAGUUUGAUGACUCUAUGCUCUUAGCUUCCAAGUUGAGGCAGCACCAGAUCAGUGGUGGUUCUGGUGCAGUUAACGUCUCACCGGCGGCUGCCGCCGCGGCUAAGAUGAUGCUGCAGCAACAGAUGAUGAUGGGUGCCAGAGCCGGCAUGGGGAUGCCGUUAUCGCUUGGAAAUGGUGGCGAAAACGACAUCGUUGAUGCGUCGUCUUUUAAGUCUCCUACCAGUCAUCAGGGAGGAGAUGGUUCGGUGCAGGCACUGUUUAACGGGUUCGCCGGAUCUUUGCAUGGAGCGGGUCAGGGUUCAAACCAGCAGGCUCAACAUUUUCACCAUCCUCAGGCACAGAGCUACGGGGCACCAGCGCCGGUGAUGAACCAGGGUCAGGCUCAGACUCAGGUUCAGGCAAGUGGGUCAACCGGAGGGAACAACCCGGCUCAGCCGAGACAAAGGGUCAGGGCAAGGAGAGGUCAAGCCACUGAUCCUCACAGCAUAGCUGAAAGGUUACGCAGAGAAAGAAUUGCAGAGAGAAUGAAGGCUCUACAAGAACUCGUACCUAAUGCCAACAAGACGGACAAAGCUUCAAUGCUAGAUGAGAUCAUUGACUAUGUGAAAUUCCUGCAGCUGCAAGUGAAGGUUCUCAGCAUGAGCCGAUUGGGCGGUGCUGCUGCUGUUGCUCCCCUUGUUGCUGAUAUUUCCUCCGAGGGAGGUGGAGCAGGAGGUGGUGACUGUAUCCAAGCGAAUGCCAACGGGACAGGUGGCUCCCACAAUCCACGUAAUACUAACGGCAACCAAACAGCAUCAUCCAACGACAGUUUAACGGUGACGGAACACCAGGUGGCCAAGCUGAUGGAGGAGGAUAUGGGCUCCGCCAUGCAGUACUUACAAGGCAAAGGCCUCUGCCUCAUGCCCAUCUCACUCGCCACCGCAAUCUCCACAGCCACGUGUCACAACAGGAGCCCCAUGAUCAACAAUCUCGGCCCCAACAGCAAUCCCAUACUCCAAUCCAACGGUGAAGGACCCUCCUCGCCUAGCAUGUCUGUUUUAACCGUCCAAUCUGCCUCCAUGGCUAACGGCGCAGCUGACCCCUCCGUUAAAGACGCCGCCUCCGUUUCCAAGCCGUAAUAACGGCGAAAGUCGCGUUGACUCACUUUGGUUUGAGGCUGUCCCAAAGUCUACGAAAAUAAGACGAUCUUUAAUUUUUAAUGUCAACACGACGUCGUAUUUGUGUAGACUUUGUGGAAAAGUGACACAAUGCCAAGAACAAGUGUGUUUUUUUUUAAUUCAAUAAUUAAUUUCU